CAUCACACAAGAUUGUCAAACUAGGUCAGAUUAAACUCAAUACCAUAUUCAUCAUUACAAUCAGACUGGUUAAUUGAUUCAAAUGAAAUACAUAAUUGAUAGGUUGGAGGCUACAAAUAGAAAAGUUCAAUCCAUACAAGAGGAUUCAUCUCAGGACCAUAAGCAACCUGAUGAACCCAAUGAAAGCAAAAGAGAGCUAAAGGAACUUCCUGAGAAGGAGCAGAUCCGAAGAAAAGAAAGACAUAUAUUUUUCAGAAUCUGGUUUGCCUUGAACGAGAAAGAGAUCAUAAAGACUAUUAUUGGCUCCUUAGCAGCAGCUUUUGCGGGCAUCUCUAAACCUGUUUUUGGAUUCUUCAUCAUUACAAUAGGAGUGGCAUAUUACCAUCCUGAUUCAAAGGAGAAAGUAGCUCUGUAUUCAGCAAUAUUUGCUUCAAUCGGAGUGGCUUCUUUGUUUGCUCACACUUUGCAGCAUUACUUAUUUGGAGUAAUUGGAGAAAAGGCCAUGACAAAUCUAAGGCAAGCUUUGUACACAGCCACACUCCGAAAUGAAUUAGCUUGGUUUGAAAAGCCCGAAAACAGUAUUGGAUCACUUACAUCAAGGAUAGCCAGUAACACAUCCACAGUCAAGAUCAUAAUAUCUGACCGCAUGUCUGUCAUUGUCCAGUGCAUUUCGUCCAUAUUGAUUGCAACAAUUGUCAGCAUGAAAGUUAAUUGGAGAAUGGGUCUGGUAGCCUGGGCGGUGAUGCCAUGCCAUUUCAUCGGUGGCCUCAUUCAAGCAAAGUCAGCUAAAGGAUUUUCUGGUGAUAGUAGUCUAGCACACUCCGAACUUGUUGCCCUAACUUCUGAAUCUGCAACUAAUAUAAAAACUGUUGCAUCUUUUUGCCACGAAGAACAGAUACUUGAGAAGGCCAAACUGUCCUUAAAGAGACCACUUAGGAAAGGCAAGUCAGAAAGCAUCAAAUUUGGAAUUAUUCAAGGCAUCUCUCUCUGCUUAUGGAACAUAGCUCAUGCAGUUGCCUUAUGGUACACAACAAUUCUUGUCGACAGGAAUCAAGCCAGCUUUGAGAAUGGGAUAAGGGCAUACCAGAUAUUUUCCCUCACUGUACCCUCAAUUACAGAACUAUGGACACUGCUACCCACUGUAAUAUCAGCCAUAGAUGUACUAAAACCUGUAUUCCAAAUCCUCGACCGGAGCACAGAAAUCGUACCAGACAUGCCAGAUAUUUCCAAACCUGAAAGCAUCAAAGGAGAAAUUGAGUUCCUAAAUGUCCAGUUUUGUUACCCAUCAAGACCAGAAAUAACAGUUCUCAACAAUUUCAGUCUACAAAUUGAAGCAGGAUUAAAGGUGGCACUUGUUGGGGAAAGUGGAGCUGGAAAAUCUUCAAUUGUAGCGUUGUUACUGAGAUUCUAUGAUACGAAUGAGGGAAAAGUUCUGAUUGACGGCAAGGAUAUAAGAGAUUACAAUCUUAGAAAGUUGAGGGCACAGAUUGGAUUGGUACAGCAGGAGCCGCUCCUGUUAAGCUGCUCAAUUAGAGAAAAUAUCUGCUACGGGAGUGAAAGAGCAUCAGAAGCUGAGAUCGUGCAAGUAUCAAGGUCAGCAAACAUACACGAGUUUAUAAGUAACUUGCCUGAUGGAUACGACACACUUGUUGGGGAGAAGGGUUCUCAACUUUCUGGAGGGCAAAAACAGCGAGUAGCAAUAGCAAGGGCCUUGCUCAAAAGGCCAAGAAUAAUGCUGUUGGAUGAAGCAACAAGUGCCUUAGAUACCGAGUCUGAAAGGGCAGUGAUGAAUGUGCUGGAAUCAAUGAAACAAAACAGCUCCGGGAUCACAAAAGUGACACAGAUCACAGUAGCUCACAGGCUUUCCACAGUAAUAAAUUCAGAUACUAUUGUUGUUAUGGACAAAGGUAAGAUUGUGGAAAAGGGUAGCCACUCAAACCUGAUGGCAGAACCAGAUGGUGUUUAUUCAAGAUUUGUUAGGCUCCAAAGUAUGGAGAAAAAGAAUUGAUCCUCGCUGAUAAUUGCAUCAAAGGUAAGAGUUAGGGUUCACCCUCAUGUAAACUAUUAAUUUGUUAGUCAUCACACUGUUGCAUUUGGUAUGGGAUUGAUAGGUGUUGAAUUAGUUAAUUAGCUUCAAAUAGAUCCACUGUUAUCUAAAGCAAAAAAGCAGCGCAAA